AUGGACGGCUUUCCUCUUACGGUGCACAGCAGGGUUGACUCACGCGCCCUGACUGUGCAGCUGGAGGAGCGGAUCUUACAGGUGGAGAGCAGGGAAGAAAACAAGGUUUCUUCUGCUUACGAUAACUUGCGUAUCACCUUCUCCAUGACGUUGCUUGUUCCCAUCUCAUCCCUCGACAGCAGCUCUUCAUUGAUCAGGCUCGGGGGAAACUCGCUGGCCUCCAUCCGUCCAACAAAUGGGCUGAAGAAAUACGGAUACGCAGCAUUGGCAAUCCAGAUAUUGCGGCUGGACACAAUAGGAGAGUUGGAAAAGCUUUUCACCGCCAUCCCUCAAGCGGCAGACGAAGCCGACUACACAAUUGGAGAUGCAGUCGCCACCGACGUCCAGAAGAAAUUUCUUCAACGGUCACUUGUCAAUCCAGGCUAUUCUGCCCUCAUUGGAACAGCUAGAUAUGUUGGGGAUCGCCGUGAUGUGCCUACCGCCAGCGAGUUACACAAAGCCUUUGUUGUGGCGCUCUCCGCUCACGGCAUCUUCCAGACCCGGUUCGACGCCCAUACCUUUACCUUGUCAGAUCUUGGCCGCCUCAAUCCCGCUUGGCAGAAGGUCAGCGUGCCUCCUGGGGAGUUUGAGACAGCCAUAGAGAACGAAAAGAUCAAGGCUUUGCAGGCCAGUCAGGAUACGGUGGGUAUUGACCUCGAGGUGCCUUACUUUGCCAUCACGGUUGUUGCGGUGCCUGAACGCCAUGACAUUGCCUAUGUCGCGCUUGUCCACCACGCCUUGGUCGACAAUUAUUCUGCGGCCCUCGUCUUGCGCGACCUUGACCCGGCGCUGAGGGGCGAACCUGUCAUGCAGGGGACGGUUUGGGCUGACUUUGCCCGCUUCAAGGAGCGUUACCGGCAGAAGAAGCUAUCCAGGACCAUCGCUCGGUUCCAAGAGAUACUAGGCCCGCUCCCGCAUACGUCUGUGCUACAGGUGCCGGCAUCGACAACGCCUCCAGCUGUGGAGGAGUACUGGGACCUCGCAAUUCUCGACGCACCCUGCCGUGGUAUUACAAGGGCCACGCUCGAGGCCCCUGCGUCAGCUCGGGGCAUUACCGCUUCGACCAUGGCAUAUGCGGCGUGGGCGUUGUGCCUGAGCCGAAUCAGUGGGUGGGAUUGUGUGGGCUUCGCCGUCAACCUCUCGGGUCGUACAGUACCCCGGCCUCCAGCGCUGGCCGUGAUCGGCCCAGUCCACCGCCGUUCCAUGGGCGAGAAGGUCAGCGCAUGGCUGGCCAGCGUGCACCGGCUGAACCUGGGCAUUAUGGAGUUCGACGGGGUUGCGGGUUCUCUGCCCGACGACAUGCGCAACCAUCCCAACGUGACAACCACCAGCGUCCAGUACCUUGUCGACAUGCCUGAGAUGCCGCCUUCCUGGACUUUCAAAGCCACUCAAACACAUGGCUACUUGUUGGAUUGGUACUUCUACCCGUCACGCAGUGGCAACGACGUGCUCUGGUCCGAACUGGAGUUCAAUUUUGCCAAAGUAGACGAGGCGUGGGCCAAGGAGGCGGCAAAGAUCCCGGUUCUUUUCCUGGAGGGUUUGAUUUGUGCUGCAUCUGCAUCUGAUGCCGUAAGUGUGCGGCUACUGGAACGAACUCUAGUGACGCACGGCUGGAUUUGGGUUCAAAAUGUUGGCACCGCAUUAGCCUUUUCGGGGUCGACAUCAGCCUUCUAUUAUAACGGGGUUGCCCUUGUACCUGAGCAAUACUCUAUUAGCGGACAGGCUGAGCUAGACGAUGACAUUGUGUUCCCAGCCCAGUCCGAUAGCCACGUAGGCAGCAACCACGAUAAAUAUCCCGUUGUAGUCGCCAAACCCCCGCGCCACACCAUCCCCGUCCUCCCAGCAGUGACGUCGGAUACCAGCCUUUUCGCAACCGUCUCAGUAUUCGUAUGGCCAAAGAGCUCCUCUCCCCGUGACUUUCUCGUUAUCUCCUCCUCGACCGAUUUGUAUCGGGACCCAGGUCGGAGGUUGAACUCGCCGCUGUUGACGAAGAUAUUUGUCUCAACUGUUCCCACCAUAGCCGUUAUGACACGCACACCCAACGGGGCCAUCUCGAUGCGCAGCGUUUCAGACAGUGUGGUAAUAGCUGCCUUGGAGCUGGAGUAG